AUUAUAGUGGAAUCAAGCAGGAAUUUGAUGCCCAUGUUUUGAUAGAUCGAAAACGACAUGAAAUGAUGAUGAAAUACGUUUAGCAGGAGCCUCCAAAAUUAAGCUCGCCUUGAACUGAGGAGUGUUUGGGACAACCGCAAAAAUAUAGCAGUGUCCCCUCCAACACCAUUAUCGCCCCUUCCAACUUUGAGUUACCACCUCUACAUUAUGCAGAUGCUUCCCCCAGCAUGAGAGAAGACAAAUAAAUUCCGUGGUCAAGGCACCGGAUACCGCGUAUCGCGAGCAAUUCGACUGUAGCGUGGAAUUUGGUAACAGCGGAUCGUUAAAAAGUGCGUGCGCAAUAGAUAAACUUCAAUGUACAAUACAGUAAAUGAAUCGUUAUGUCUGUUACUCUAACUUUGAUAGGGUGCCUAGUUGUGAUCGUUUUGAUAAAAUUAUUCCCACGGUAUCGCGAGUUUAGAAAAUAUGUAGAAAUAAUCGAUAGAAUUCCCGGACCUAAGAAAUACCCUGUGAUAGGAAAUGCAUUUGAGCCGUUAUACCAUGGCCGAGACGGUCGUUGGGCAUGGCUUUGUGGCCUUUGCGCUCAGUACCCAGAAGGCAUAUUUCGCAUUUGGCUUGGUCAUGUGUUACACGUCGAACUUUUAUCACCUGAGACCGUUGGCGUAAUAAUGUCGAGUAAGAGUGUCAUCGCUAAGGCUCGGAUUUACAAUUUCAUUCGUCCAUGGCUUGGAACAGGUCUACUGACAUCGUCAGGCGAAAAAUGGCAUCGGCAUAGAAAACUAAUCACGCCAACUUUCCAUUUCAAUAUACUGGAAAGUUUCGAAGCUGUGAUGUCUGAAAAUGCAGAAAUAUUGAAAAAAUGCAUAAAAUCAGAGUACGAGAAGGAUCCUAAGAAACCCAUCGACGUGUUCGUUUUAUUGAUGAGAUGUACAUUGGAUAUAAUUUGUGAAUCUUCGAUGGGGAUCAACAUCCACGCUCAAACGAACUACGAUUCGGAAUAUUCUAAAGCCUUGCACAAUAUCACCGUCCAAGCAAUUGAGAGGAUGUACCGACCGUGGCUGCAUCAUGACGGAUUUUAUCGUUGGACCUCACAUGGACGAAUAUUGGAACGUAACGUCGAAAUCGCUCACAGGUUUACGAAUCAGGUAAUCAAGGAAAGGAAAUUGGCUCGCACAAUGCAGAAACAAAGCCCCACAGAAGAUUUUACCGAAGACAAGCCAAAGCGACAGGCGUUUCUCGAUCAUUUAUUGGACGCCUGCGAACGCGACAACACACCGCUGACUGACGACGAGUUGAGAGAAGAAGUGGACACGUUUUUGUUCGCGGGCCACGACACAACAGCGGCAGCGAUGAGUUGGGCACUUUUUAGCCUCGGGAAUCAUCCGGAUAUUCAGGAUAAAAUACACCAGGAACAGUUGAAGGUAUUCGGGGAUUCGAGGGAACCUGCGACACUCCACCAAAUAUCCGAACUCAAGUAUCUCGAAAGGGUUAUCAAGGAAACGCUCAGACUAUAUCCCAGCGCACCUGCUGUGGCUCGGGUGGCAACGGAAGAUCUAGAAGUUGCUGGAUACAAAAUUCCUAAAGGUACAACCAUCGACCUCCAAAUACACCAUGUCCAGCGUCAUCCCAAACACUGGACAAAUCCAGACCAAUUUGAUCCAGACCGAUUUUUACCAGAGAAUUCUCAAGGGCGGCACCCGUACGCGUACGUACCUUUCAGCGCUGGACCAAGAAACUGCAUCGGACAGAAGUAUGCGAUGUUAGAACAGAAGAUCGUUUUAAACGCGCUUCUAAGAUCGUGGCGAGUGAAAAGCCUCGUUAAAUUUGGGGACGAAAAACUCCACCACGACAUGAUUCUCAGACCACAAAAUGGGAUCCAGUUAUAUUUCACUCCAAAAAAUAUUUAAUUCAUGUUCAAUUGUAUGCAAUAAGUUGCCACAGAAUAUCUUAAUCUGGUUUGGGGGUCAAGAUUCGAGUUCUACAAUCGAUCAAACGUUCGUAGAGUUGCAGAUAUACAGGGUGCCGCUUUUUAAUUGAACCAUUUCGAUCACUCGAAAGGAUGAGGUUGUACGAGAAGACUUUUGAUGUAACAGUUUUGGGGUUCAGAAAGGUAAAAACUUGACGCUGUUUAAAUUUCUUUUAAGUGACCUUGGAAAGGUAAAAUCAAGGUCAACAAGGUCGACUGAUAAUCAUUUUCGAACAAACAAAAAGUUAUAUAGUGGAGAGGAGUUUGCGUGCAUUGCAAUGUCAUUAAUUAUUCCCAAGCGAACAUGACAGGAAUGUAAUUUUCAAUCCCACGAUUGACUUAUAAUUGGUUCCUACGCAUACACGUUUAUUGAGUGUUUGAAAUGAAUCCAUAAUUAAUGUUUUUUUUUUUUCAUGUGACGUAAGUACAAAACUAUAAAUAUAACUUACAUAAAUUAUUAUAAAA